ACGAAGCCAUUUGCUCUGUGGAGCGGUUGGGUCAGGUGGUGAUCGGAAUCCUUGGGCCGCAGACAGAUUUGUUACGUUGCACUAUGGCGGCUUCGACCAGUCCAACUCUGAAGGAUUUGCCCAAGGUCGCUCCAAACGUCAAGUCGGAGCUGGAGGAAUUCACUCCAGAUAAGCUGAAGCACACGGAGACGGUGGAGAAAGGAGUGCUGCCCACGAAGGAGGACGUGCAGCAGGAGAAGACGCAUAACGCCCUGCUGCAGGGCGUCGAGGGCUUCGACGCUGACCAGCUGAAGAAGACCGAGACUCAGGAGAAGAACCGGCUUCCGUCACCCGACGACGUGCAGCAGGAGAAGACACACCAGAACCUGUUAUCUGGUGUGGAGCGCUUCGACAAGGACUCAAUGAACAACGUCACGCCCGAGGAGAAGACUCAUCUGCCGAGUCCGGAAGAAAUCCAGCAGGAGAAGAAGCUCCAGUCGCAUCUGGACGGCAUCGAGCAGUUUGACGCGAACAAACUGAAACACGCCGAAACGGUGGAGAAAAACCCUCUGCCUACAGCGGAUGACAUCAAGGUGGAGAAGUCGGCCUGAAAUCGCUACCGGACCAGCCUCACCGGUCGGCAGCGGUCCUCCGUCUGCGGCGCCGUACCACCCCCCAGCGAGAUCCGGAAUGGUGGAGUUCUACGUGGCUGCAUAUGGAACUGUAGCUUGGCCGCUCUGCCGCGUGGCGGCGCUCGUGAGCCGGAGCGGUAGGCGCGUGAAGCGUGGGGGCGCGCGGCGGUACGGGCCGGACGAAGCGCCAGCUGGCCCGCUGUCCGGCCCGUCCCCAAGACUGCUUACCUAGACACGGCCAGGUGACGCUGUGAUCGAAACGUCUGUCGCUUCUUACUGUUUCUGGCGUCCAUCCAUUAAAAUAUGUGUACCUAGAUACGAUAUGCGUGUUCUCGUCUUCCUGUAAUGCUGAAUACUGAGGGAAACAUCAGAAGAAUAUAGUUUGUACGAAAAUAUA